AUGACCUUGGAGAAAACGACAGUCCUGGUCUUCGAAGUCUUCUGUGGGUUGGAAGGAGCUGGAAAGAUGUUUGAUUGUAGUGCUGCCUUGUCCUCCUCUCGUUAUUUAAAAAAAAAUUUUUUUUUUCUUGUUUUCCACAGCAACUUGGAUCCCCUGACAGAGACUUAUGGAAUUCCAUUCUACUUGCAGUACUUGGCUCACUGGCCAGAAUAUUUUAUUGUGGCGGAAGCUCCUGGGGGAGAGCUGAUGGGCUACAUCAUGGGCAAAGCUGAAGGAUCCGUGGCCAGGGAAGAGUGGCACGGCCACGUGACCGCGCUCUCGGUGGCCCCCGAGUUCCGCCGGUUGGGGCUGGCUGCCAAACUGAUGGAGCUGCUGGAGGAAAUCUCGGAGAGAAAGGGUGGAUUUUUCGUGGAUCUCUUUGUGAGAGUGUCAAAUCAGGUUGCGGUGAACAUGUACAAGCAACUGGGCUACAGCGUGUACAGAACCGUGUUAGAGUACUACUCGGCCAGCAGCGGGGAACCUGACGAAGAUGCUUACGACAUGAGGAAAGCUCUAUCAAGAGAUAAAGAGAAGAAAUCAAUUAUACCUUUACCACAUCCUGUCCGGCCGGAAGAUAUUGAAUAAUACUGUGGGUUGCUGUAAAAUAUAUCGAGAAUAAAAUCUGUAGAUACAUGAGAACAAUUAGGAGAUCUCUAAUGCAACUGGGAGUUUUGGAAGAAAAAGAGAGAGUAUAUGCAAAUAUGAAGACAUGUUUUUGCUUUUAGGCUGCGCUUCUAAACCUCGUAAUGCCUCAAAAGCCCAAAACAAUCUUUUAACUUCCAUGUUUAUCACGAU